UGUAGUUUUACAUCCUCUCGCUCAUGUCUGUAGAGACAGAACAAUGGGAUUAAUUUACACUCUCCGCGCCUUAAUCAAAUCCUUUUUGGUCGUUGUUUUGUGGUCCAAAUGCGAGGGUCGGGAGUCGGAGUUUAACUACGUCACCUGCGGUUCGCUCGUGAAAUUGCUGAACACGAGACACAACGUUCGGCUGCACUCUCACGAUGUAAAAUACGGCUCCGGCAGUGGGCAGCAGUCUGUGACGGGCGUUGAGAGUGCAGAUGAUGCCAACAGUUACUGGAGGAUCCGGGGGAAGCCCAACGGGACCUGCCAACGAGGUGUGCCCAUCCAGUGUGGGCAGGCCAUCCGCAUCACGCACAUGACCACGGGACGUAACCUCCACACACACCACUUUAGCUCGCCGCUGUCCAACAACCAGGAGGUGAGUGCGUUCGGUGAGAACGGCGAGGGGGAUGACCUGGACGUGUGGAGGGUGCAGUGUGACGACUCCAUCUGGGAGCGGGACGAGGCGGUGCGCUUCAAACACGUCGGCACCGAUGCCUUCCUGAGCGUGACGGGCGAGCAGUACGGCAACCCCAUCCGGGGGCAGAGGGAGGUCCACGGCAUGGGCACUGCCAACCAGAACAACUACUGGAAGGCUAUGGAGGGUGUCUUCAUUCUCCCCAGCCAAGAACCGCUGAGACACCAUCAUGAAGAGCUCUGAUGACAUCAUCAAGCUGCUGCGUCACGAUGAGCUCUGACGACAUCACAAUGAGCGCCGAUGAUCUCGUCAGACAUCGUCACAUAAUAUUGCGCCUAGGUUUCGUCUGAAAUGGAGCCCUAUUCCCUAUUCUAUAAUAUAUACCCACAUGACUCCAAUCAAAAAUAGUGCACUAAAAUAGGGAACAGGGAGCCAUGUCAGACGCAGUCCAAGUGGACUACAGGAUGACUCUGAUGCAGCUAACUGGGUCGAGAUGGCGCCUAUGACUUUGUUAUGACAUUCUUUUGUUUACCCGUUGCCCACCCGGGAACAACGUUGAUGACUACUGAAUAUAGGCUUACAUUAGGAGCAUCAGGCUCUGUGCAGUCAGUCUCUGGUGACGCGAUCAGACAGGGAGAUGAGAAGGUUGUCUGACAAUGAGAAUCACUUGCCGUUUUUUGAAUUUGACACAUCUCUGAACAAAAUGGGAUUGAAGAUUUUGACUUUGAUUAGUUUGAGGGAGAAUGUGGUAAGACAGUUGCCCUGCUCGAGUCUGAUAUCAGAGGUAUUAGCACCUGUCUGCAGGGGGAAAUGUAAGGGGAACACUGCCAUUUCCAGAUGACUCUACUGUGCCUGUCUACUCCUUAGCGACCGACUGCAUACAUCCUGGUGCUAAUAAAAACAAACAUUGUCUGG